AGUAGUAGUAGUAGUAGUAGUAGUAGUAGUAGUAGUAGUAGUAGUAGUAGUAGUAGUAGUAGUAGUAGUAGUAGUAGUAGUAGUAGUAGUAGUAGUAGUAGUAGUAGUAGUAGUAGUAGUAGUAGUAGUAGUAGUAGUAGUAGUAGUAGUAGUAGUAGUAGUAGUAGUAGUAGUAGUAGUAGUAGUAGUAGUAGUAGUAGUAGUAGUAGUAGUAGUAGUAGUAGUAGUAGUAGUAGUAGUAGUAGUAGUAGUAGUAGUAGUAGUAGUAGUAGUAGUAGUAGUAGUAGUAGUAGUAGUAGUAGUAGUAGUAGUAGUAGUAGUAGUAGUAGUAGUAGUAGUAGUAGUAGUAGUAGUAGUAGUAGUAGUAGUAGUAGUAGUAGUAGUAGUAGUAGUAGUAGUAGUAGUAGUAGUAGUAGUAGUAGUAGUAGUAGUAGUAGUAGUAGUAGUAGUAGUAGUAGUAGUAGUAGUAGUAGUAGUAGUAGUAGUAGUAGUAGUAGUAGUAGUAGUAGUAGUAGUAGUAGUAGUAGUAGUAGUAGUAGUAGUAGUAGUAGUAGUAGUAGUAGUAGUAGUAGUAGUAGUAGUAGUAGUAGUAGUAGUAGUAGCAGUAGCAGUAGCAGUAGCAGUAGCAGUAGCAGUAGCAGUAGCAGUAGCAGUAGCAGUAGCAGUAGCAGUAGCAGUAGCAGUAGCAGUAGCAGUAGCAGUAGCAGUAGCAGUAGCAGUAGCAGUAGCAGUAGCAGUAGCAGUAGCAGUAGCAGUAGCAGUAGCAGUAGCAGUAGCAGUAGCAGUAGCAGUAGCAGUAGCAGUAGCAGUAGCAGUAGCAGUAGCAGUAGCAGUAGCAGUAGCAGUAGCAGUAGCAGUAGCAGUAGCAGUAGCAGUAGCAGUAGCAGUAGCAGUAGCAGUAGCAGUAGCAGUAGCAGUAGCAGUAGCAGUAGCAGUAGCAGUAGCAGUAGCAGUAGCAGUAGCAGUAGCAGUAGCAGUAGCAGUAGCAGUAGCAGUAGCAGUAGCAGUAGCAGUAGCAGUAGCAGUAGCAGUAGCAGUAGCAGUAGCAGUAGCAGUAGCAGUAGCAGUAGCAGUAGCAGUAGCAGUAGCAGUAGCAGUAGCAGUAGCAGUAGCAGUAGCAGUAGCAGUAGCAGUAGCAGUAGCAGUAGCAGUAGCAGUAGCAGUAGCAGUAGCAGUAGCAGUAGCAGUAGCAGUAGCAGUAGCAGUAGCAGUAGCAGUAGCAGUAGCAGUAGCAGUAGCAGUAGCAGUAGCAGUAGCAGUAGCAGUAGCAGUAGCAGUAGCAGUAGCAGUAGCAGUAGCAGUAGCAGUAGCAGUAGCAGUAGCAGUAGCAGUAGCAGUAGCAGUAGCAGUAGCAGUAGCAGUAGCAGUAGCAGUAGCAGUAGCAGUAGCAGUAGCAGUAGCAGUAGCAGUAGCAGUAGCAGUAGCAGUAGCAGUAGCAGUAGCAGUAGCAGUAGUAGCAGUAGCAGUAGCAGUAGCAGUAGCAGUAGCAGUAGCAGUAGCAGUAGCAGUAGCAGUAGCAGUAGCAGUAGCAGUAGCAGUAGCAGUAGCAGUAGCAGUAGCAGUAGCAGUAGCAGUAGCAGUAGCAGUAGCAGUAGCAGUAGCAGUAGCAGUAGCAGUAGCAGUAGCAGUAGCAGUAGCAGUAGCAGUAGCAGUAGCAGUAGCAGUAGCAGUAGCAGUAGCAGUAGCAGUAGCAGUAGCAGUAGCAGUAGCAGUAGCAGUAGCAGUAGCAGUAGCAGUAGCAGUAGCAGUAGCAGUAGCAGUAGCAGUAGCAGUAGCAGUAGCAGUAGCAGUAGCAGUAGCAGUAGCAGUAGCAGUAGCAGUAGCAGUAGCAGUAGCAGUAGCAGUAGCAGUAGCAGUAGCAGUAGCAGUAGCAGUAGCAGUAGCAGUAGCAGUAGCAGUAGCAGUAGCAGUAGCAGUAGCAGUAGCAGUAGCAGUAGCAGUAGCAGUAGCAGUAGCAGUAGCAGUAGCAGUAGCAGUAGCAGUAGCAGUAGCAGUAGCAGUAGCAGUAGCAGUAGCAGUAGCAGUAGCAGUAGCAGUAGCAGUAGCAGUAGCAGUAGCAGUAGCAGUAGCAGUAGCAGUAGCAGUAGCAGUAGCAGUAGCAGUAGCAGUAGCAGUAGCAGUAGCAGUAGCAGUAGCAGUAGCAGUAGCAGUAGCAGUAGCAGUAGCAGUAGCAGUAGCAGUAGCAGUAGCAGUAGCAGUAGCAGUAGCAGUAGCAGUAGCAGUAGCAGUAGCAGUAGCAGUAGCAGUAGCAGUAGCAGUAGCAGUAGCAGUAGCAGUAGCAGUAGCAGUAGCAGUAGCAGUAGCAGUAGCAGUAGCAGUAGCAGUAGCAGUAGCAGUAGCAGUAGCAGUAGCAGUAGCAGUAGCAGUAGCAGUAGCAGUAGCAGUAGCAGUAGCAGUAGCAGUAGCAGUAGCAGUAGCAGUAGCAGUAGCAGUAGCAGUAGCAGUAGCAGUAGCAGUAGCAGUAGCAGUAGCAGUAGCAGUAGCAGUAGCAGUAGCAGUAGCAGUAGCAGUAGCAGUAGCAGUAGCAGUAGCAGUAGCAGUAGCAGUAGCAGUAGCAGUAGCAGUAGCAGUAGCAGUAGCAGUAGCAGUAGCAGUAGCAGUAGCAGUAGCAGUAGCAGUAGCAGUAGCAGUAGCAGUAGCAGUAGCAGUAGCAGUAGCAGUAGCAGUAGCAGUAGCAGUAGCAGUAGCAGUAGCAGUAGCAGUAGCAGUAGCAGUAGCAGUAGCAGUAGCAGUAGCAGUAGCAGUAGCAGUAGCAGUAGCAGUAGCAGUAGCAGUAGCAGUAGCAGUAGCAGUAGCAGUAGCAGUAGCAGUAGCAGUAGCAGUAGCAGUAGCAGUAGCAGUAGCAGUAGCAGUAGCAGUAGCAGUAGCAGUAGCAGUAGCAGUAGCAGUAGCAGUAGCAGUAGCAGUAGCAGUAGCAGUAGCAGUAGCAGUAGCAGUAGCAGUAGCAGUAGCAGUAGCAGUAGCAGUAGCAGUAGCAGUAGCAGUAGCAGUAGCAGUAGCAGUAGCAGUAGCAGUAGCAGUAGCAGUAGCAGUAGCAGUAGCAGUAGCAGUAGCAGUAGCAGUAGCAGUAGCAGUAGCAGUAGCAGUAGCAGUAGCAGUAGCAGUAGCAGUAGCAGUAGCAGUAGCAGUAGCAGUAGCAGUAGCAGUAGCAGUAGCAGUAGCAGUAGCAGUAGCAGUAGCAGUAGCAGUAGCAGUAGCAGUAGCAGUAGCAGUAGCAGUAGCAGUAGCAGUAGCAGUAGCAGUAGCAGUAGCAGUAGCAGUAGCAGUAGCAGUAGCAGUAGCAGUAGCAGUAGCAGUAGCAGUAGCAGUAGCAGUAGCAGUAGCAGUAGCAGUAGCAGUAGCAGUAGCAGUAGCAGUAGCAGUAGCAGUAGCAGUAGCAGUAGCAGUAGCAGUAGCAGUAGCAGUAGCAGUAGCAGUAGCAGUAGCAGUAGCAGUAGCAGUAGCAGUAGCAGUAGCAGUAGCAGUAGCAGUAGCAGUAGCAGUAGCAGUAGCAGUAGCAGUAGCAGUAGUAGUAGUAGUAGUAGUAGUAGUAGUAGUAGUAGUAGUAGUAGUAGUAGUAGUAGUAGUAGUAGUAGUAGUAGUAGUAGUAGUAGUAGUAGUAGUAGUAGUAGUAGUAGUAGUAGUAGUAGUAGUAGUAGUAGUAGUAGUAGUAGUAGUAGUAGUAGUAGUAGUAGUAGUAGUAGUAGUAGUAGUAGUAGUAGUAGUAGUAGUAGUAGUAGUAGUAGUAGUAGUAGUAGUAGUAGUAGUAGUAGUAGUAGUAGUAGUAGUAGUAGUAGUAGUAGUAGUAGUAGUAGUAGUAGUAGUAGUAGUAGUAGUAGUAGUAGUAGUAGUAGUAGUAGUAGUAGUAGUAGUAGUAGUAGUAGUAGUAGUAGUAGUAGUAGUAGUAGUAGUAGUAGUAGUAGUAGUAGUAGUAGUAGUAGUAGUAGUAGUAGUAGUAGUAGUAGUAGUAGUAGUAGUAGUAGUAGUAGUAGUAGUAGUAGUAGUAGUAGUAGUAGUAGUAGUAGUAGUAGUAGUAGUAGUAGUAGUAGUAGUAGUAGUAGUAGUAGUAGUAGUAGUAGUAGUAGUAGUAGUAGUAGUAGUAGUAGUAGUAGUAGUAGUAGUAGUAGUAGUAGUAGUAGUAGUAGUAGUAGUAGUAGUAGUAGUAGUAGUAGUAGUAGUAGUAGUAGUAGUAGUAGUAGUAGUAGUAGUAGUAGUAGUAGUAGUAGUAGUAGUAGUAGUAGUAGUAGUAGUAGUAGUAGUAGUAGUAGUAGUAGUAGUAGUAGUAGUAGUAGUAGUAGUAGUAGUAGUAGUAGUAGUAGUAGUAGUAGUAGUAGUAGUAGUAGUAGUAGUAGUAGUAGUAGUAGUAGUAGUAGUAGUAGUAGUAGUAGUAGUAGUAGUAGUAGUAGUAGUAGUAGUAGUAGUAGUAGUAGUAGUAGUAGUAGUAGUAGUAGUAGUAGUAGUAGUAGUAGUAGUAGUAGUAGUAGUAGUAGUAGUAGUAGUAGUAGUAGUAGUAGUAGUAGUAGUAGUAGUAGUAGUAGUAGUAGUAGUAGUAGUAGUAGUAGUAGUAGUAGUAGUAGUAGUAGUAGUAGUAGUAGUAGUAGUAGUAGUAGUAGUAGUAGUAGUAGUAGUAGUAGUAGUAGUAGUAGUAGUAGUAGUAGUAGUAGUAGUAGUAGUAGUAGUAGUAGUAGUAGUAGUAGUAGUAGUAGUAGUAGUAGUAGUAGUAGUAGUAGUAGUAGUAGUAGUAGUAGUAGUAGUAGUAGUAGUAGUAGUAGUAGUAGUAGUAGUAGUAGUAGUAGUAGUAGUAGUAGUAGUAGUAGUAGUAGUAGUAGUAGUAGUAGUAGUAGUAGUAGUAGUAGUAGUAGUAGUAGUAGUAGUAGUAGUAGUAGUAGUAGUAGUAGUAGUAGUAGUAGUAGUAGUAGUAGUAGUAGUAGUAGUAGUAGUAGUAGUAGUAGUAGUAGUAGUAGUAGUAGUAGUAGUAGUAGUAGUAGUAGUAGUAGUAGUAGUAGUAGUAGUAGUAGUAGUAGUAGUAGUAGUAGUAGUAGUAGUAGUAGUAGUAGUAGUAGUAGUAGUAGUAGUAGUAGUAGUAGUAGUAGUAGUAGUAGUAGUAGUAGUAGUAGUAGUAGUAGUAGUAGUAGUAGUAGUAGUAGUAGUAGUAGUAGUAGUAGUAGUAGUAGUAGUAGUAGUAGUAGUAGUAGUAGUAGUAGUAGUAGUAGUAGUAGUAGUAGUAGUAGUAGUAGUAGUAGUAGUAGUAGUAGUAGUAGUAGUAGUAGUAGUAGUAGUAGUAGUAGUAGUAGUAGUAGUAGUAGUAGUAGUAGUAGUAGUAGUAGUAGUAGUAGUAGUAGUAGUAGUAGUAGU